CAAAGCGAUGUCGAGCUUAAAAGAAUAAAAUUGAUUUGGUUAAGCUUAAUUUAUUUUUGACAGCUAUCUGGAUUUGCUGCAAGACGAUAAGAAUGCUUAUGGAAAUAAUCCACUGAUUAUGUGCAACCACGUGCAUUUCAUGCUGCAUUUCGCGAUCCCGAUCUCGAUACAGUUUGAAUAAUCGAACUUAACUGAUAGGUGGCACAGUAUGCGUCAAGUGAAAUCAAUAUUUGUUUGAGGAGACAUUGAUCUCCGGGGAUAGUAUAAGUCAGCUGUUCCCUGUAAAGAUAAAUUGUUGAUGUGUCAAGCUAAUUUAAUUGGAUGGUUCUUCUAUGCUUGAAUGUGCCUCGUCUAGACGCGGUACUUAAGCAUCUGUGACAUCGAUUACUUACACGGUACUUUUUUGUACUAUGAAUUCUUGGAAUAUGUAAGGGAAGUUCAACAUUAUUAUCGAUGUUCGGCAUUUCAAAGAUAUUCUCCAAACAAGAGCAGACUAAUUCGAUGGACCACGAGAAAAGGCCACUCAUAUCGAGAGCGCCAGUAUUUUCGGCUCAUGGUGCGAGGCUGAGCGACAAUAUCUGCCAGAAAUUGGUCUGAGUUCGAAAUGGAAACAUGAUAUUUGGUUUAUUGCUUUACACGGUGAUUGUUGCCGCUGCCGGUUCGACAGAAACACCCAUGGAGGAGCCAUUAAAAAACACCACAGCUUCGGAUUGCCACUACACCUUUACCUAUAAAACAACGACCACGGGGAUGUUUGCCACGCCAGGAUUCCCAAAGGAAUACCCGGAUAGUGUCGUCUGCAGCUACUUUUUUCAAGCCUCCUCGGGGGGAAGAGUGCACAUCACAUUUGACUACUUCAGCUUAGAAAAGCCAUCGGACAAAGGAUGCACGUUCGAUUAUUUGGAGAUUUACUAUGUUAAAAACAAUGGGUUUAAGGAUCUCAUCGACAGACAUUGUGGGACGAAUACACCAAGAGACUUCAUAUCUGGAUAUUCAAAAAUGGAAAUUUUAUUCGUUUCGGACUUUACAAAACAUUCGAAUGGAUUUCUUGCUCACUACACCUUCCUUGGAGACAACUGGCACCAUUUUGGUCCCUCCACUAUCGGGUGUGGACCGGAAUUCCUGAUGGGGUCGGGAGGGGUCAUCUCGUCCCCCGGAUAUCCUGAAUUCUCCCACCCCCGGGCCAGCUGCACCUGGAUCAUCGUUGUCGAGGAAACGGAGAAAAUUUUAUUGACCCUUGUAGAUCUCUCCAGCAGUAGUGAGCAUGGCCAGAUGGAGUAUCACUGCGGCAGCACACGGUUAGCGAUUUACAACGGCUUCGCCAUUCCUCGGAUGCUGCCCGAGAGAUCGUAUUGUAGUCCAAUGAGUGAAAUCCCGUACAGAAAGAGAGAGUAUUGGUCAUUGGAUAGCAAAGUUGUAGUCAGGUUUCAAACAGACAGGGACGACAUUGCGCUGGCGUUUAAAUUGACGUGGACUGCGGUAAAACUGGUGGAAAAUGAUGAUUGUCAGCAAUUCCUGUGUAAGGGAGAGGCAUGUGACGAAAACUCGCCGACCUGCAAAUCUUCGAAGAUUAAACUGUGCAUCGACAAGUCUCUACAGUGUAAUGAGGUGCCAAAUUGUGGCUACGAGGACGACAGCGAUGAGAAAGAUUGUAUGAACAAAAUCAUGUGGACUGUGCUUUACGCGACAGUUCCGUCUGUGAUACUCAUUUUGGUUAUAGUACUUAUGAUAUACUGUUAUCAUCGUCACAAACGGAAACAGCUCCACAUCGUGAAAUCAACAGAGAGCAACUCCUCACAACAAACGCACUGGGUUUCCCCUCACAUCCGGAGCCUAGAAAGCAGUCCGGUCACAAAUAGAUCUCCUCUCAUCCAUACCACAUCGUUCGUACCUUCCAAACAUUCCUCUAACCCAGAUUCUCCAAAACGAAACAACAAGCGUGUGACUAUUGUAGAUAAUGUUGACAUGAAAGAAUUCGGACGUUCAUUAGAGAAUAAUGUUAACGGUGGCGUCCAACUUCAUGGGAGCAAUAGAAACGGGAAACAUAUAGUGACACCUUGUGGUGAAAAUGAUACCAAAGAUUUAGUAACUCGAAUCCAUGUAGAUGAAUCAUUGAUAUCACCUCCACAAAAUUUUAGAACUCAUCAGAAAAGACCUUCAUAUCAUCUAAUGCAAGAAUUAAAUAUCGAAGGUACAGAUAUUACAAAGAAGACAUGAGAUUGGUUGCGUUUAUCAUGUAUUCUUAAAUGUUCUACGUGUAAACUGUGAAUGAAAAACGUAUGCAUGUGAUUUUUAAGGACUUCAUAAUUUUAUAUAUACAGCACUAGUUUACCCAGAUUUUCAAAUCGGUGAUGUGUUGCAUUAAAGUUCCCCCUUUAGGUUAAACUGACGUGCUUCUCACAAGUAACACUAGUACUUGAUCAGAGAUAUUACCCUUUAACAUCAAUAGAUGCCAUGUAAUAUUUUUGUAACUGGAGGGACAUACAUGUACUUAUUAUAUACUUUCAAUUUCAUCUCUUCUCUUUCCUUUAAAAGUUUGCGGGCAUAUAUCACACGAUAUAUGCCCGGAAACAUUCCGGCCGGCAAACAUUACGUCACAAUCAAUACACAAGCAAAUUACUCCGUCGUUAAUUUUCAAAUUUUUCAUCUUUUACUCAGUUAAACCAAUAAAUAAAUUGCUAAAAAUAAAUUAUUGUUAGUUUCUAAAUGAAAUUGAAAGUAUAUAAUAAAAAGGUUAUAGACUUUGUAUGGGAAAACAUGACGACCUCGUUUUUUGUCGCAAGCUCGGUCCGUCUACGCGCCAAAAAACUCGGUCGUCAUAUUUCCCCAUACAAAGUCUAUAACUUAUAAAUAUUCGUCUAAGCAAAAAUGUAACAACGAUGGAAAAUGAAAUUCAAAACUGGUAAUUUUAUUCACACAUUUACUUAGAUAGAUAUAAAGACACCUUCAUAUAAGCUAGAUACACAACGAAGAUUUGAGAUAUUCAAUACAGAGUUAGCUUCUCAGUCUUAACGGGAAAUUGUCAACUUUCUUCUCCUGAAUGGAUGUUUACGAGUUGACUCCACAUGUAUCAGCUAUGUCCCGAAGAAAUAUGUAUCGUUAUUUUGUGUUUUUUAAGUUAAAUGUGGCUGCUGUGGUUUGGAAUUCGGUUUCGUUGACAUUAAUCUCCUCAGUUAAGUGUUCACACUUGGCACAAAUGAUUGUCUUCUAGACUAUCAGCUCAUAUUAAAUGUAAUCAAAAUCACAUGUCCAUCUUGGCUUCUGGCUGGUUGGGAUAAAAUCCAGGUCUGAAUUUCUCAACCACAAAAAACUUAUAGUCGAAACUUGGACUUAAGUAUGAGAUUUUACCCAAAAAAAUUAAUUGCUCAUAAACGAAAACUAAGUUUUGCGAUUUUUCUCGAUAGAUCCCACCCUUUUCCCAGACAAAUAAAACCACUGCCUGCUAAGACACCAAACCUUGAAGACUGUUUCUUUUUGGUGUCACGUUUGGUGCUUGUGAUUCAGGUGAGCAUCGUGAUUCAGGUGAGAUUCAGGUGAGCAUUGUGAUUCAGGUGAGAUUCAGGUGAGCAUUGUGAUUCAGGUGAGAUUCAGGUGAGCAUUGUGAUUCAGGUGAGAUUCAGGUGAGCAUUGUGAUUCAGGUGAGAUUCAGGUGAGCAUUGUGAUUCAGGUGAGAUUCAGGUGAGCAUUGUGAUUCAGGUGAGCAUUGUGAUUCAGGUGAGCAUCGUGAUUCAGGUGAGCAUUGUGAUUCAGGUGAGAUUCAGGUGAGCAUCGUGAUUCAGGUGAGCAUUGUGAUUCAGGUGAGCAUCGUGAUUCAGGUGAGCAUUGUGACCCCUGGAAUUCUUAUUUGGUAACAGGAAGAAAAUUCUUUCUAAUUUGAAAGUUUUUGUAUUUAUUGGAGCAAACAGUCACGAGGUUCGAAAUAUAUUCAAAAUUUCAUGUUCCAUAAAACUCCUUAUGCUUUACAUGAGCAGACACCAUAUGUUCAAAAGAAAAUACUAGCAUGGGAAUUGACAUUUCACAGCUUUGAUUACAAUUAAUUUUGGUAGACAGUGUAGAUUCAGCUCAGAUGAGCAUUAAAUGGAACAUGAAGAUGUAAGUUCCAUAUGGAAUCCAUCCGUUAUUUAAUAAUGAUUAGAAUUUGAUUUCCAUUAUUCUUUGUUGAGUUUUUAUUUCUAGUAUUAUUCGUGUAUCGCUCUAGGGCUUAUUUUACCGCCAUGUUAUUACGUCAUGCUAUUUAUUACAUUAUUCAAGAAUAAAAUCAAUUCCAACCAAUUCAA